GUGUAGAACUGUGUGAGUGGCGCAGCUAAUGGGGGGAGAGAUGGAUUUGGUAGGGAAGCUACCACAACAAGCAGAAGAAGGGAUUACCACACUGGAGGAGGGAUACAAGCAGAUGCAGACGAUAGUGGGGUUGCUUAUGCAACGGCAGCAAGAAGGGGGGGAGAUCGAUGGGGGAGCGAUUUCGAUGGACCAGUGGUUGGAAGAUAGGAUUCAGGAGUUGUUAGAUAUCUUGUGGGAGCUGGAGGAGGGGCCAGAUCCCCGGCCCGAUGUCUACAUCGACUGGAGGCGGGCGGAUGACAGGUUGGCUGCUUGCAGAACCCUCUUCACAUUGGGGCGAGAUCUACGCAAUCAGUUGGAGUAUCGGUAUGGAUUGCUGGCAGAUGAAGAUGAUUGCGGCGAAAACACAAAUAACAGCGACAACAUCAGUUACGGCGACAUCAAUGAUAGGGACGGUGUCAACAAUAACAAUGAUGGGGGAGGCGACGUCCACGGCUGCAGCAUGAUGGGAGCGAUACAACAGGUGGACGCAGAAGAUAAUGGAGACGUCAACAACAACAACAACCACAACAAUAACAACAAUAUCAACUAUAGCAACAACAACAAAAACUAUGGUGCGCAGGGAUUGAGAUUGGGCGUAAUGGGCGAAGGGGGUGUGAAGGAUGACAGUAACAUCAACAACGAUGGCGAGAACAACAACGGCGAGAACAACAACAACAACAACAACAACAACAGCAACAGCAACAGCAGCAGCAUGAAGGUGGAAUUGAGAGAAGAAAGGGUGACGAACCAUGCUGAUGCCACAAUUGAUAGUGACGAGUAUAAGGGGGGAGAUGGUGCGUGGUGGGUUGACCUGAUGUUGCGUUCGUAUCAGGUCGUGGCAGAGAGGGCUGCUGUCGGUGGUGAGAGGAAACAUGCCUUCAAUGAGGCAGGAGAGGGGGAGACUUAGUGGAGUUGGGGCUACUGGCAACGACGGCAGCAGCGGCGGUGACGGCAACGGCAAAUACAGAAA